AUGAAAGAAUGGAACUCACCUGUUUAUGCGUUUUUUGAUCCAACACCGCACAUCAUUGAGAUUGCUGACCGCCAUGCGCAUGAGUUCAAGUGCCAAGCAAGGGGUUGCAAGGUCAAAGGCGAUGCACGAUCCACAGGUAACAUGCGGAAGCAUGUGCGCUUGUGCUGGGGAGAUGAAGUCUUGAAAGCUGCAGAUAGUGCGAAGGAUGCAGACGAAGUGCGCCUCAAGAUUGUCGGUAGCAUUCUGCAAAACGGAUCCAUUACUGCAUCCUUUGAAUGCAAGGGCAAAGGGAAAAUCAUGUACUCGCACCGUCAACAUACUCGCGCAGAAACAAGGGCAGAAAUUGUGUGUUGGGUGUCCGAGAGCCUAUGUCCAUUCAAUAUUGUCAAGGACCGUGCAUUUCAGUCGCUGAUGAAAACAGGGAGACCCGAAUACUACAUACCUUCCCCGUCCACUGUUUCUCACGAUGUAAUGUUGCGUGUUAGUGUUAUUUUGUCAGAGAACAAUCAAGUAUUAAAAAUGUACCAGGAACACAAAGGCAAAAUUAACUUCACCACCGAUGGUUGGACAUCACCCAACCAUCGUGCACUGGUCGCAUUUUUGGCCCACUUUGAGUACAAAGGGGAGCUGCUAAGUAUUCUGUUAGAUGUGAUUGAAGUCGGGAAGGCUUAUAUUUGGCCACAGCAACAUCUGUGGAUGUUGAACAACUGUUCAGUCGUGGCCGCCUCAUCCUGA